AAAACACUCUUGUACACCCCUCUGUCUCAUCACGCGGUGGAUCGGCGUCUCCUAGCAGCCCAGACUGUCAGACUCACACAGACGCGAGGAGGAGGAGGAGGUCAGUCCAGCAGGAGCGCCACAUAAUCAAAUCAACGCCAGGCAGGUUUAGGUCCUCUGGUCAUGGCUAAAGACCCGAUGGCCGAAGCUGGUCUUCACUUUGAUGAACUCCACAAACUGCGAGUCCUCGAGCCUGAUGUGAGCCAGAACACCAUUGAGCUCAAAGAGGAAUGCGAGGACUUUGUGGACAAGAUAGGUCAGUUUCAGAAAAUUGUAGGUGGACUUAUUGAACUUGUGGAUGAGCUAGCAAAGGAAGCCGAAACUGAAAAAAUUAAGGCCAUAGGUGCAAGAAAUUUACUGAAAUCGGUUGAAAAGCAACGGGAGGCUCAGCAGCAACAGCUUCAGGCGCUGAUUGCAGAAAAGAAGAUGCAAUUGGAAAGGUAUCGAAUAGAAUAUGAAGCUCUUCAAAAAGUCGAAGCAGAGCAGAGUGAAUUCAUUGAUCAGUUUAUACUGCAGAAAUAAGAAUGCUUUAUUUUCUGUCGGACAAGAAAAGUGAUGCUAUGCAUCUUGAUUUACAAUGACUUCCUAAUAAGUGCAGGGUCCCUAACAGAAUCAACCAGUUAAUAGGUGACAGCAGACAUCUGUUUCAGCCUCUGACUCUGAGGUGUUAACAGAGUGCUUUUGCAUGACCAGUUCAAUGAAGCACAUACUUGUAAUCUAUCCAACCAUAGAUCAUAAUCUCAGAUGAAAGCUAUUUAUAUACAAAAGUUAUUUAUACUAUUUAUAUGUAAAUUAGUUUGUAAAACAGUUUUUUUUUUACAGAAGGAAAAUACAGUAUUUGCAUGUUACUGUAAAUAAUUCCAUUAUGAGACCUCAUCGGUUAAAUUGUUUAUUUUUUGUAUGAUUUGUAUUUUGACUGCUGUUUGUGUCUGAUUGAAAAAUGCAUUCAUUUUUUUUCUCAUAUGCUCAUGGGACCACAACCAAAAUAUUUUCUGUAGAAGUUAGGGAAAACUAUUUAAAACAAAAUUCAUUUAUUGUUUGUUUACAUUUACCAUUUAGAUCAUCAAGUGUGUAACCUCAAUAUGCGACAAAGUUUAUACAGAUUUGAAGAACAUUUUGAAUAAAAAUAUAUUUUGCAUUUA